AUGUGUUUUCACAGCCUCAAUUGCUUGCUUCGGUCAAGUUUUAUAGCUCAUUUGGUCAAUCAACAGGUAGUUCAUGAGUUUAUUGCUCUUGAACUACUCACAAUUCUACUAGAAAAUCCAACUGAUGAUAGCGUGGAGGUUGCUGUUGGUUUUGUUACAGAAUGUGGAUCAAUACAUCGGGAUCUAUCUCCCAAAGCCUUCCAUGGUAUUCUUGAGCCUUUUCGUGGGAUUCUUCAUGAGGGAGAGAUAGACAAAAGGGUUCAGUUCUUGAUUGAAGGUCUUUUUGCAUUAAGAACAUGCCAUCCAACCAUUCGUCCAGAGUUGGAUCUUGUUAAGGUGGAAGAUCAACUGACACAUAAAGUAUCUCUUCUAGAUGAAAUCGAUCCAGAGAUUGCCCUAGAUGUUUUCAAUCUGGAUUCUAAUUUCCUGGAGAACGAAAAGUGA